ACUGCGACAUUUCUUUUGGCCCUUUCAGCUUCCAGCUGCCUUUGAUAGUUCUAGACUCCUUUAAUAUUUCUUGCAGCAUCUCAAACAGUCUCUUCGACGUCAAAUAUCACAUUAUUAUAGCUUUCUGCUUUUUUAUAUCUGCGGUUGUAACCUUUUUCCCCCUUUGAACCAACUUCAAAGACCUUACGGCGGUUUCAAUCACUAUUAAUAACAGGACUGUCUGCCCCAAGUCACAGCUCCUUUGAUCGUUCUUAAGUUUAAUUUCUGGUUAUUGCUACUUCUCAGCUUUCCACCUCCGAUUUUAAGAACUUAUUUGAGCUCACAAACUUCUAUUUUACAUUCGUAAGCAAUUCCUAACCAAAGAACUCGUUUUUUCUUCUACCAAUGGUGCUUCUACCCCUCAAUAAUCAUAGUAUACAAGCUAGACAUUAUCUACACGGCGCUAACCUUUCAUUCCACAGCCUAUACCUAUGGAAUUCCAGCUUAUACUUAAUUUAUAUGUCUAAAGACAUCUAAUUGUAAGAUUGCUUCGGAUUCCACCCAAAAAUGGUACUUUCCUCCCGUAUCAAGCAAUGCUUUGCUCCUACAGCACCGAAGCGUGAAAUCAAGAUAAUUGUACACCUUAUGCGACAUGGAGAGGCGUACCACAACCUAGGACACUUCAAUGGCAAAAUCAAUCCGGAAUCCUACAAUAUUCCCGAUCCUCGCCUCACCAAGGAAGGCUUAAAACAAGCCAAAUCUGCUCAAAAGAAGAUGGCAAAAUGCUGUCCGGUCCCCAAUAUUGUCCUCACAUCUCCUCUCAUUCGUACCAUCGAGACUACUCUCUAUGUCUUUCCUAACACCAAUGGCAGUAUUUCUCAUGGACUUCAAAUCGUUGCCUAUGACGACUUAAGGGAGAUUGGAGCUUAUUUGUGUAACGUCCGCCAGGAAGUUUUGGAGUUAGAAACACAAUAUAACCAAAUGGGAGUGGACUUUACUGCUUUGUCACCUGUCAUCCCACCUAUGAAAGAUGCCAUUCGUGCGAAACAGCGCGCGGAGAUUGUUCGAAAGGAGAUUUUGAAGAUCGCGAGGAUUAUACGCAAGGGCGGCGGGUUUUGGAAAGGGGUUUAUAUACAAGGCGCUGCUGUGCAGACUUUCGGAUGGAGUCUUCGGAAAAAGACUAGGGGAGAUGUACAUAUUGUGCUGAUCUCUCAUGGGUCUUUUAUGAAGAGUUUAUUGCCAUGUAAGCUAUCUUCUCUCCUCAUCCAUUGCAUAACCACAACUAAGAUCUUCUAUGAAGCUUCUCACACAAACCGACGAGUCUGGAAGAAAUUUAAGCCGGGAGAGAUGAGGACAUACGUGUUGAAUGCAGAUGGUCAUUUAAAAGAAACUGCAGAAUCUAAAGGCAUUAGAAGUACUACAGUUUCACAAAAGGUCAGUGAACAUUUACUGGUAAGAUCUUACUUGCCAGCCGUCAUCUUCAUCGAUCGAGACAUUGGGCUAAACAUUAAUGUAGAACGAUGAUGUUGAACCUCACAAUUGGAUGCUCUUUGGAAUAUUUAUGUGGAUAUUGGGGUUGCUUCUAUGUGGAUUUGGGAUUUAUUUCAAUGGCUUGAUGAAUACUUCAUCAAAUAAGAUGUUUUUGGACUGCUUAGAGUCUGGAGAUGAAUGCAGUUGAGCUAUCUUGUUAGUUGUUUUCUUGUAUUUUAACAAAUGACCAAGAUAUCUCGACACUUCAUAAAAGAAAUAAAUCAAAGAUCACCAUGGCUAGAAGUACUGGGAUAAAAAGUUUCUGGGUUGGGGAAAUUCCCCGAGGAUGGAGAAGCU